GAUGUUUUUGCUGCUGUUAAUAUUUGCUACAUCACUAUUUCUGGCGUGGGUUUACGUGCGUUGGUCAAAAGUGAAAAGAUAUUGGGCGGACCGAGGCGUACCCUUUGUUCCGCCGAACCCACUGCUGGGGAAUUUGACGUUCUUACAACGUUAUAAUUCGGGGAUAUGGAUGAGGAACUUGUACCACAAUUACCGCACCCCUUACGUCGGUAUCUGGCUGUUCUGGCGGCCGGCGCUGGUCGUCAACAGUGUGGAGAUCGGCCGUCGCAUCUUGAUUAGCGACGCUACAAAUUUCAGGGACCGUCUCGUCACCUCCGGAGAUUCUGAUCCCAUCGGGAAGCAUAAUCUGUUCACUGUUAAGGAACCGGUGUGGUCAUCCCUCAGACGUAGGCUGACGCUGGUGUUCACGGCGGCCAAACUGCGCAGCAUGCACGGACUCGUUGAGAUGAAGACCCGGGAGCUGAUUCAGAGAAUACAAAACGAUAUGACGGAGAGUAACUGUGUCAAUCUAAGGAAAGCUUUUACUGACUACACUACGGAUGUGAUCGGCGGCGCUUCGCUGGGCUUCGUGGGAGAGGCGACGCUGACGGGGCGCGGGCCGCUGCGCACUGUCACCCAGCAGUUCAUGGACUACGAUUUCUUCCGUGGCGUCAGUUGGCUGCUCAUGAAUAUUAAAUGUAUUUUUGCAGGUCGCCGCUUCGCCUUAAUCAACCUCCGCUGCGCGCUGGCGUACAUGGUGGCGUCGUACAAGUUCCGUCCCCUGGCCACCACGCCGCCGCCUGCCCGCGUGCAGGUGGAGAGACACAGCCUCUUCUACUCGCCAGGGGAACCGCUACUUAUUGAAUUUAAACACAGAACUUAG